UGGCGUGACGUCAUGAAGCCGCGACAACAAACUUGAACUAAAACGUCGGUGGCUUUGGAUCAGACGCGUCGUUGUCAUGCUGUUCCCCAGGUGUUUCAAUCGUUUACUUUCAGGACGAAUAUUAAAACCCAUGAUGACUUUGCUGUGGCGUUCGCCUGUAAGGUGUGGACCAACACCUUCUUCUUCACUUAACCGGUGUCGUCAUCUUUCCUACGAUGGCUGCAGAACGAGAAGCUUCUCCACCACUCAGAGUACUAAAACACGGCAAGCCCUGAAUGGUCAGAUUAUUUCGACACACCUGCACCUAGUGUACACAUGCAAGGUUUGCAGACUUAGGUCUAUGCAGAAGAUCUCCAAGCAGGCCUACCAAAAGGGUGUUGUGAUCGUGACAUGCCAAGGAUGCAAGAACCACCACAUCAUCGCUGACAACCUGGGCUGGUUCUCUGAUUUAGAAGGGAAGAGGAACAUCGAGGAGAUCCUCGCUGCCAAAGGGGAGACGGUGAAGAGGCUGGAAGGAGGAGACGCUCUGGAAGUCGUUCUUGAAGAGUCCACCUGUAAAAAAGAACUACCGAGUGGUCCUGAUGUGGAAGUAACAAACAAAGAUACAUAACAAGAGCUCGGAUUCCGCAUGGAGAGACCGGAGGAGAUGCGGAGGAAGAGACAGGGCUGCGGAGCUCGCGUUGAGCAUAAUCCGACACUUCGGUUCCCCUGGACGGAUUGUCACUCAUCCGCGCAGACGGAACAUUGGCUGAGCGCUAGUGGGCAGCCUAGGAUGGAGUCUGCUAUUUUGGAUGAUUUAUUGGG